UUUCCUUCAGCAUAAGGAGGCGUGUAAAGGAGACGCUCGUUUCAUCUGUAAAGCUGAGAGCUGUGGGAAGAGAUUUAAGAGCAAAGACGCUCUGAAGAAGCACAAAGGAAACGUCCACACAGGGAGCGCACGCCGGAAACUCACGUGCACGAUCUGCAACAGGAAGUGCUCGUCCUCUCUGAACCUGCAGGAGCACAGGAAGGUUCAUGAAAUACUGGAAUGCCACGCCUGUGACAAGAAGUUCAUCUCCACCAAUCAGCUGAAGCGUCACAUGAUCACACACUCAGAGAAGCGUCCGUACACCUGUGAGGUGUGCAGCCGCUCCUUCAAACGCCUCGACCAGGUGACGGCUCACAAGAUCAUCCACAGCGAGGACAAGCCCUACAAGUGCAAGCUGUGUGGGAAGGAGUUCGCCCACAGGAACGUCUACAAGAACCACAAGAAGACCCACUCUGAGGAGAGACCCUUCCAGUGUGACGAGUGCAAAGCCUUGUUCAGGACCCCGUUCUCCCUGCAGCGCCACCUGCUGAUCCACAACAGUGAGAGGACCUUUAAGUGCGAUCAGUGCGACGCCACCUUCAAGAGGAAGGACACGCUGAACGUGCACAUCCAGGUCGUGCACGACGGACACAAGAAGUACAAGUGUGACCUGUGUGAGAAAGCCUUCGUCACGCCCUCCGUCCUCAAGAGCCACAAGAAGACUCACACCGGGGAGAAGGAGAAGAUCUGCCCGUACUGCGGACAGAAGUUCGCCAGCAACGGAACGCUGAGGGUCCACAUCCGCUCCCACACAGGUGAGCGUCCGUACCAGUGUCCGUACUGCGACAAAGCCUUCAGUAAGAACGACGGGCUGAAGAUGCACAUCCGCACUCACACCAGGGAGAAGCCCUAUAAAUGCAGUGAGUGCAACAAAGCCUUCAGCCAGAAGAGAGGACUGGACGAACACAUGAGGACUCACACAGGAGAGAAGCCCUUCCAAUGUGACGUGUGCGACCUGUCCUUCAGCCUGAAGAAGAUGCUAAGUCGACACAAACUCACUCACAACCCCAACCGGCCCAUGGCAGAGUGCCAGCAGUGCCACAAGAAGUUCACCAGGAACGACUACCUCAAAGUGCACAUGGAGAACGUGCACGGGGAGACGGAGAGCUGAUGCCUGAACCCUCUCAACAUGCUGUAAACACAGAUGCAGCGAUAGCACACAUGUUGCUAACGUGCAGAAUGUGGAAGACGUUUGAGUUAAACAGAAACAUCAUUUGGUUUCCUGCAGAGAGUCUGCUCGUCUGAUCCAACCAGUGUUACAUUACAUUCACCUGGAGCUCCUAACCAAAGGGACUCACGGUGAGUGCAUUAAGAGACUCAUGAGGAGAGACAAGGAGCUCCAGACGUCUCAUACGGAUCUCUGUUACUGUGUGACAUCACUGGGAGACACCUUUAACGUGUACCUGAACUCUUCCUCCAUGUGUUAGCACCUGCUCUCAGGUGUGAUAUAACCUCAGAAGCACGGGGCUCCCUUUAGUAUUUCUAAAUAAGAGUAUUAAAACAGGCUGGCUGCAGAAUCUGAAACAGAGCUCAGUGUUAUUUACAGCGAGUGUAAUAUUCUGUCAUCAGUGUUUCGUUAUCCUCUCCAGAUCCACGAGGACCUUCAAAAGGAAAGUUACGAGUUGCUUUAAGAAUAGUUUGUUGUUGUGUGAAGCAACCAGCUCUCUGUCUGCACUCAUCAUCUGUUAGAAAACAUUACAACUGUACCUUUCAUAAUCAUUUAAGAUGAAGUCCCCGCUGCCUUCUGGUGCUAAAAGUAUGUUUCUGUUCCAUAAUGUGUUAUUCGUACGGAAGUUGUUUCUUCAUGUGUUUUUUAUAUCUGCAUCCUUUCUGACGCUGCAGUGUUUGCACCCGUCGGCCUCCGUGUAGUCGGGACCAAAGGAUCAUCCAAAGUACUGUGUGUACGCGUAGGACAGUGUGUCAGGGCCAGAGUAGAGCCAGAGUAGAGCCCGAGUAGAGCCCGAGGAGAGCCCGAGUAGAGCCCGAGGAGAGCCCGAG